ACCAUGCCAUUCUCGACAGGGUCGGUUUUUCCGCGGCUGAGCGUGGAGAGUGUUUGGCGAUCGCAAGGAAGCAACAGCAACACAACCCACUAAGCCUUCAAGCUUCAAGCACACCAAACACAAAGGGUCAAGCAAGCACACAUUAUUAAAAAUAAUAGUCCCUCACAAACAAGCAUCGUAUAUUUGUACAACAGCACAAACAUGUCGGGACGAAAGAAGCUACGAGACGGAGCCAAGAAGCCAAGCCCAACAAAAGGCGGCCGCAAUGUAGAGGAGCGUCUCGUCAACAUCGGUAUUGUGCUUGAGGCUGUUGGACUUGCCCUUGUUGGCAAUAAAAACGCUAUCUCGCCAGAGCUGGUAAACGAUGUGCGAUGCAAGGCCUUUUGUUGGGAAAUCAGCUAUGAGGGGGGGGGGUGGGCCGGACAGUUGGGGCUCAUCCGUGGACAGCGAAUCACUCCAUCACCUCAGCAAAAUGAUCGCACCCCACAACGGCAGAAGACUACAAGUAUGCAUACGGAUGGUGGUAACACCAACGAUAUUACUGAAGCUGUCUUGACACCGUCGUCACGCUUUGCAGUCACUCCUUGCACAAUGUGGUCGAUUAUCCCCAAAAGAAUGGAUGUAGCUUAG